UUAGUGCACAUGGUAGGUGAUGACUAAAGAAUGUGGGGCCUAGAGUCUUGAGCUUACACCGGGCCGUCACCUGCGACCAUCCGUCAGUCCACGUCGUUUCUGCUGUAGGCACCACUGUACACCCAUCGCCAUGAGAUAUCCGUCUGGUGGUCUGAUUGUCGGAGCAAGGUUUGCAAGCGCAGCCUUCCUCUGUCUGUGUGUGCUCUGCGCUUCCACGUGGUCGCAUGCCGCAGCGGUCCUGAACAGCCGGCCGGCUUCACGCGACGUCGCUGCCAGCGUCGAUCUCAGCAACGCGAGCCGCUCCGUAAGUAACACGAGUAGAGCGGACGACGGCGGCGGUGCGACGGGAGCCGACGACGACGACGCACAGCUCGAGUUAGACAGCGACGCGAAGCCGCCGCGGCUCGGCGACACAAACCCGUUCCGCUUCAGUCCGCGCAACGUCGGCGGAGUUCAGUACCUGGAGCGCGCGUCCGGCCUGCACUCGGCGGGCGGUGCUGACCUUAAUAUACAGGUGGAGGCGCGGACGCUCGGGAGCCUGCUGCGGCGCAUCGCGAAUGACGAGCUGCUGGUGACGUCUAUGCAGGAGAUCUACGACAACCUGCUGUACGGCCGUGUUUACCCGGACCAGGAGGAGAAGAUCUACGAGUUGUCGUCCCUCGUCCGCCUUAAGUUCUACACGUACAUGGACGCGCUGGAGCGUAACAAGCUCGCCGUGGAGGACCUGUACCGCGCACACCGGCUCAGCGCGAUCACAGCUGCGCGGCCAUGCUGCAUGCCCGGCGGCAGCGGCCGCGGGGGACUCGCAUAUGACGAAGCGUUCGGCACGAAGGUGGACCGUGCAACAACGUGCGACGUAGUGCCGCCCAUCGACGACACGUUCAACCCGGGCCGGCGCCUCACUGACGUCUUCCGCCGCCGCCUCGAAGACUUCCCGACGAUCAAGUGGCAGUACUUCAUGUCGGUCGACGGCAUCCACAACGAGUAUCCGGCGCAUGACGCGGACGGCAGUGCGUGGCGCGGCUGCAACGGCGUGCUGGACACGCGCCACCGCGACGUCUAUCUCGCGACGCUGCAGCCGCGCGGCAAGUACGUCGUCAUCGUCAUCGACCACGGCAUGGGGCUGAGCGCGGCGCAGAUGACGACGGCGAAGGCGGUCGGCAGGAGCAUUCUCGCGUCGCUGUCUCACCGCGAUAAGGUCGGCCUCGUCGGUCUCUCCUACAAGACGUCGUUCCCGCGCAACGACGACUGCCUGUCGAGCCGGCUUGCGUACGCGACGCACGAGACGAAGCUGCACUUCACGCGUUUCAUCGCCGCGCUCGAGAAGGAGAAGAAGGGAGCGACGAAUCACUCGCUGGGGUUCCGGCGCGCGUUUGCGAUGCUCACGAACACGGUCGCGGAGGAGGAGCGGCGCGGCGUCGUCGUCGACGAGGUGCUGGUCAUCUACGUCAGCCGCGGGCUGCUGUCGUCGAUCGCCGACGCGAAGGUCGUGAUGGAGACGAUCGCGAGCGCUAACGACCGGCUGCGGAAUCGCGCCGUCAUCAACACGUACGCGCUCAUCGACGAGACGAAGGUGAUCAUCAACGAGAAGAGCUUCCUGCAGGACAUCGCCGAUCAGAACUUCGACAAGUACGAGAUCGCGCAGCAGACGACACGGCCGCGUCGCCACGGCAACAUGGUGCCUGUCAGUUCGCCACUCAACCUUAGCUUCACCGUUGGCAAGUUCUACACGGUGCUGAACAGCACGCUGUCGUCGUCGCCGCACUUCUCGCUGCCCUACCUCGACAGCGUCGGCACGGGUCUGGUCGUCAGCAUCAGUCAGACGUGCAUCGUCGACAGUCAGGUGAUUGGUGCGGUGGGCAUUGACGUUCACCUUGCGGACAUUGUGGAGGACAUCACCUACUACAACGAGGUGCAGACGUCGUACGCGUUCAUGGUGGAUGCACAUGGCUACACGAUCAUGCACCCGUCGUUCACCCGGCCCCUGCACACCGCCAAGCAGCCGAUGCACACAGACAUCCUACACGUCGAGAACAAGCCCGGCUUCAAGAAGAUCCGCGCGAGGCUGCUGCACGAGGACACUGGCAAGGCCGUGCUGGCGCUGACGAGUCACGACGACAACACGACCAGCGCGCAGGAGCUGCCGAUAUACGAGUACCAGUACCAGCGGCACCAUCGCUACAAGGCCGUCUACAUGUGGCGUCGCGUGCCCGGCACGCCCUACACCGUCUGCAUCGUCGCAAUGGACACUAAGAAUCAGAAGCAGAUCCUGAAGGACGUCACGACGCACCCUGCGAUCGUCUACCACCGGCUGGACAUCGACGUUCACCCCCGCGACCAGCUGUGCAUGCACCUCAAGCAGCUCGCGACGGUCGAAGCCAGCACCGUGUUCCUCGCAGCCGGAGCGUUCCAGCAUCCGUUCGUCUACGUGAGCCAGCCCGAGACGAAGCUGCGCAUCCAGGGAUACACGACGUACUUGAACGACGACACCAAGCUGAUCGCCAACCCCGGCCUGAAGCCAGAUGUGCGCAACAGCGUCGCCGCGCUCUCGCGGGUCGGAGCCGAGUGGCGGCGCCGCUUCCGCACGUCGGCGCUAUCCAAGUACGUGGUGCGGCGUUACGUAGCGACGCCGAGCGGGGCCUUUGUCAUGUUCCCCGGCACAGUGACAAGCAAGACGUACGACCCGACGAAGCGGCCGUGGUACACGCGCGCGCUCGAGUACCCGGGUCACGUGACGCUCACCGCUCCCUACCUCGAUGUAGGGGGCGCCGGCUACGUCGUCACCGUCAGCCACACUAUCUUCGAGGGCAAGGCAGCGGCGAUGCACAACACGGCUGACCGCGUCGUCACGGUGAUGGGCAUCGACUUCACGGUCGGCUACUUCCACAAGAUGCUGCUGGAUGUCGUGCCGAUAUGCGGGGAGCCGCACAUCCGCUGCUUCGUGUUCGACGACCGCGGCUACAUCAUCGCUCACCUCAACCUGAUCGAGCCAGGCCGCGGCGGCCCGCAGGAGCAGCUACACGUCACGCACAAGGAGCCCCUCGUCGCCAACGACAUCCUCAGCCACGACCACUUCGUGCGCAAGAAGCUCUGCAACAGCUUCAGCGACCGCACAAUCCAGCGCUUCUACCAGUUCAACACGAGCCUCGCGGGCAUGCUGACUAACCUCGUGCACGGAGAGCACUGCUCCCGAUACCAGAUCGCGGCGCUGCCCGGCACCAACGCGUUCGUCGGCGUCGUCAACCAAACGUGCAGCGUCAUGACUGCCUUCUGUCCCUGCAGCAUGCUCGACCGACUCUGCCUCAACUGCCACCGCAUGGAGCAGACUGAGUGUGAGUGUCCGUGCGAGUGUCCGCUCGACAUGGACCUGUGCUCGGGCGAGCUGCUCGACACGGGGGACCGCAACCCGAGUUGUCCGCACUACGAUGAGCAUCCCGAGCGCGCGCGCGUAGACCACGCCGCGCUGCUGCUGCUGCCGCAGUGCCAGCCCCACGACUGCGCUCUGCUGCCCACGCAGGGAGACUGCGUAGGAGUCGUAGACUGCGAGUGGUGCGCAUUUGACAUCGACGGGCGCACGCCGCUAGAGAAGGGAUUCUGUGACACGCAGCGCGUCUGCUUCGGGGGCGUGCUCGCCUCGCCGUCGCCGUACGGAGACGAGAUUGCGGUCGCGGCCGCGCGCUCGGCCGACAUCCUGACGGUGGAGAGCACGCCGGUGGGACCGGUCGCCGGCGGCAUCAUGGGCUGCUUCCUCGUGCUGGCGCUCGUCGUCUACUGCAUCCGGCACCACGUGCAGCGCUCGGCACACCAGUACGUGUCUACGAUCAACGACACGGCUGUGCGCAUGUCGCAGCUUGACAACGAGCCGGACGGCGACGACGGGGAUCUCCCGACGGGAGGAGGAGGAGGUGGUGGAGAGCCGGCAGCCGCCGCGGGACACACCAACGUCAUCGUGCUCGCCUCGUUCGAGAAUCCGGCGAGCGUGUCGCCGUACCGCAUCAACACGACGUACCGGCGCCCCCUGGGGGCCGACAGUGACCACGGCUACAGCACGAUGACGCCGCACGAGGACUCUGAGCACUGCGGCCCGCACGCUGACCCACUGAUGAUCGGGCGCGGCGGAGUGGCGGGGACGGGGACGGCCCGCGCGCUCGCGUCACCGACCGCUAGCGAUGUGUACAGCAUGACUUCACGCAGCGACGUGAGUGCCCCUGCGGCGCGCGGCUGCGGCGCCACCAGCGACGUCUACAAGCUACCGGCGCCCGUGUCUAUCGCGCGGUCCCGCCCACGCCCCGGCAGCGCACAUCAGCAGCAGCAGCAGCCGCCGGGCACGACCAUACUCGACUCAGGCACGCACCCUCUCGCUGACAUACUGGUGCACGCUGUCGACACUCACUAGGUGGCGCCGGCCGGGCAGCCUCCAUGCCGAGCGGGAUGCUUUCGGUUUGCGAUUUUAGUUUGUUUUUUUAACUGCGAUGACCCCCUUGUUGUAUUAUAGAUUACCUCACGCGUUCCCACCCCAAAGCCCGUAUAGCAAGUUUUGUAUAAAGUUCCUAUUGGCAGCUUCAUGACCACCGAUAUUGCUGUGUUGAUGUGUAAGUGCCAUGUGUGUUUCGACUCUUCCUGAUGUGUGGUACACUGUACCUAGCGUUGUUGUGUUUGUUAUUUUAUAUGCUUGCAUUGGUUUUCCUUUUGGAAAUACCACUGACAAGCCACUAAUGUUCAUAUUUGUGUACAUAUAUACAUUUGCGUAGCAAUUUACUAGGAUCUCAGAAGAAUUAUGUCAUGCGUAAGUUUCAGCGAAAUGGCAUGUAACAUGUGUUUGUGCGCAUCCCUUGUCUCUCAGUGUUUGUGGUUCGCUCUACAUCUGCUUAUAGUGCUUUCAAUGUGCUGUUAGCACACGACAUUAAUUGCUUGUUAAACGUGAAGGCAGUAGAGAGAAACUGUUGCGUACAUUAUUAGUGACCAGUAGGUUUGUGAUCUGAUCGCCAGAUGCGUAUGUCUUGUCUCUCUCUGUCUGUCGCUCUCUCUCUCUCUCUCUCUCUUUUUCUGGCUCACUCUCUCUCUCUCUCUCUCUCUCUCUCUCUCUCUUGUGCUCACGCUCUCUCUCUUUCUCCACCCCCUCUUUCUUUGAAUCCUCUGAAACGUGAUGAAGGAAGGCACUGGGCUUUUUUACUAGGUUGUGAAGUGUGUAAUGAUAAGUUGGCAGUCUGUACAGGGAGUCUAAUAUAUGAUUUGGUUUGGGUGGGGGGCUCCGUGUAGAAGAUGAUGAUAGAGAACUGUUAGUGGGAGAGCGAAUAUCUUAGACUGGUUUGCCGAUACGCAUUUUACGGUGUAAGCAGGUAGUUGCAAUGUAUAGUUUUAUCAUGCUGCGAACAUGUAUUGUGUUUCUUAGGUCAAUUUUAUUAUCUGUUGAAAAUGUAUGAAACCGCCAUAUAUAUAAACAUAUAUGUGUGCGUGCAUGUGUGCGUGUCAGCGAGCAUGUGUGCGUUGAAUGAAAAUCUGUUUGUAAAUAGGUUAUAGAUGGUGUUUUAGGCUUCGGCGACUGUGCAACGACGACACGCUACUUUUUUUUAUUAUAGUGUGGUCGAGAUAAAACUUCAACGGUUUUACGUUUGUGAUUCUACGCUACUGCCUAUUUGCUGUGCGCUGCUGGGUAGUCUUACUGUUGCCUCUAACCUAGGCGCGCCACAUUUGUCAGUCUUUUAAGCCGUAUUAUUAGCUCGAUAAUAAUCGUGUCAUUCAUCGUGUAUAGUUGGUCGCUGGUGGCUAGUGCAGGCGUGUAGCGUGUGGGGUGCAGCUGUGGUGGACGGUUGUGCUGUCGCGCUUUAGGGCAUAGCAUGCGUCGUUGACCAUUCUUGAUAUUUUCGUAAUUAUUAUUUGUUACUCUGGAGAUUACCUUCGCAACGUGCGUAGUGUGUUAUUUGUGUGUGUGCGUGCCUGCGUGCGAGCGAGCGUGUGUGUGUGUGUGAGUAUGUAUGUGUGUGCGUGCGUGUGUGUGUACGUGUAUGUAUGUGUGUGCGUGUGCGAAGGAGGUUAGUGGUUGGUAGCGAUUCAUAAGUUAAUACAUCAGUAGGAGGUGGCGUUUCUGAUGCUUCAAGCCCGUGCUAACUAUUGCCAAGUGGCCCUCUUAUGUCUUAUGUUUGUUAACGCUGGUGGAUGGUGUCGCAUGUCUUGUGUAACUAACGUACUGCCGCUAAAGCUAAAUAAUCGGUUAUACCUCAUUUGAAUAAGCACGCGUGUUCGUGCGUGAGUGCGUGCGUGCGUGUGUGCGCGCUACACAGUGAGAUGUUGCGUUGAAGUGUAUCGGUUGUUCGCGCAGGUUGCAAGUUGUAUAAUCAAUAUGUUACAGUCUGUGUGUGGGUCGGUAGUAGUGAUGGCUUACUGUGUACCUAUGUCCCUCGCUCUAGCGACCGCGUUUAUAUUGCGGUUGUGAACGACUAUGAUCUGUAGCUAUGGUUGUGACGAUGAGAAAAAUUUGCUGCCUGUAAUGUUAUAGCUGAUUAUAUAAGUUCUUUUUUACAUGCA